UUGCAUUUUUCGGUCGGGUUUCAGCGCCGGUCAGCUAGGCCAUGGUUCUGGGCUAGCCAUCUACCCUGCGAUGGUAGAUUUCACCCAUGCAUGGGUAAGUGAUCCCGGGAUUCCAGAAUCAUGCAACCCAGCGAUGGGAAGAUCUUCCCAUCGAUGGGUAAGCAGUCCCUCAACGAAACUGAUUUCCAGAACCAUGCCAAACAGCGAUGGGAAGUUCUACCCAUCGCUGUUAAAGCCUUGGUGCAACAUUACCACAAGGCAGAAUGCCCUUACCCAGCGAUGGGAAGCUUUACCCAUCGAUGGGAACCCAGCGAUGGGAAGGCUUAACCAUCGAUGGUUAGGCAUGACCGUUGCGAGUCAUUUAAGGCUGAUUCUUUCCUUAUUUGAAAGUCAACCUCCCACCCAGCGAUGGGAAGCAUCUACCCAUCGAUGGGUAGGUAACCGUUGGCUUCAAAACUGAAGGAAAAUUGGCUUACCAGCGAUGGGUAAGUUCCAAACAUCGAUGGGAAGCCAAUAUCCUGCAGAUCCCAAAUUUAUUCAAUCCCAUAAAUCAAGCCAAUCACCCCUUUAAUGUAUUGGUCCGUUGGAGCCUAUUUUGGCACUAUAAAAAGGGGUGUUUGGG